GGCUGCCCCCUCGGACGGCGGCGGCGGAAGAGAAAAAUGGCGGAGGCCUCGGCGGCCGGAGCCGGGGCGGCGGUCCCCGCGCACCGGUUUUUCUGCCACUUUUGCAAGGGCGAGGUCAGCCCCAAACUACCGGAAUAUAUUUGUCCCAGAUGUGAAUCAGGCUUUAUUGAAGAAGUGACAGAUGAUUCCAGUUUUUUAGGUGGUGGUGGCACCCGGAUAGACAAUAGCACAUCAACACAUUUUGCAGAGUUCUGGGACCAUUUGGACCCCACAAUGUUUUUCCAAGAUUUUAGACCCUUUCUAAGUAGCAGUCUACUGGACCAAGAUAACAGAGCCAAUGAGAGGGGCCACCAGACACACACCGACUUCUGGGGACCAAGUCGGCCGCCUCGGCUGCCAGUGACUCGGAGGUACAGGUCUCGAGGAAGUGCUCGUCCUGAGAGAUCCCCAGCUUUUGAAGGAAUACUACAGCAGAUCUUUGCAGGAUUCUUCGCAAAUCCUGCAAUUCCUGGAUCCCCGUACCCUUUUUCGUGGAGCGGGAUGCUGCACUCCAACCCUGGGGACUAUGCCUGGGGUCAGACAGGGCUUGAUGCCAUUGUAACCCAGCUUUUAGGACAACUGGAAAACACAGGCCCCCCUCCAGCUGACAAGGAAAAGAUUACAUCUCUUCCAACAGUGACAGUAACUCAGGAACAAGUUGAUAUGGGUUUAGAGUGUCCAGUAUGCAAAGAGGACUACGCAGUUGAGGAAGAAGUCCGGCAGCUACCCUGCAACCACUUCUUCCACAGCAGCUGUAUUGUGCCAUGGUUAGAACUGCAUGACACAUGUCCUGUAUGUCGGAAGAGCUUAAAUGGUGAGGACUCUACUCGGCAAACCCAGAGCUCUGAGGCCUCUGCGAGCAACAGAUUUAGCAGUGACAGCCAGCUACAUGACCGAUGGACUUUCUGAAGCUGAAGACUGCAUCUGAGCCAGGGCUGUGGUAGACUUCUUAUCAUGGCUGUUAAUUGUAUCAAAACAAACAAAAAAAAUAGUAGGUGGAUUUAGGAGUCACUUAAGAAACCCUAACCCAUAAUAUUAAUGCAAUGAGUGUUUUUCUUCUCUAAAUUUAAAGUUAGUAUCUACAGAUGGUAUUGUAUCUACAACCAAAUGCCCCUUAUUCCUGAAUUCAGAGUGAUAAUUUUAUAAGUGUGAAACCUAAUUAUGUGGAUUUCCCCCACCAGAAUAGAAUCAGUUCCUUAAAGUCUAGCUAGGGUCCUGCUGUCAUGUUACCUUGUGAUGGAUGUUUCCAGUCUCUACCCUACCAUUAUUGUAUUUUACUGUAAGUAUAGUGGAACCAGAGCCCUGAAGUCCUGCUGAUACAAAGUCCUUCUGUUUUAACUGUACAAAAGCGUCUACUCUUGGCCACAUUAGCCAUGAAUGAGGUCAGAUUAAUUCAGGAAUUUGGGACUAAUGCUUUUGUGUUUUCUUGAAUCCUCAGAGAGCAAAUCAAAGAAAAAUCACAGUGGGAAAGAGAAAGUGGCUUAUCAUUGUACUCUUUGGUUUUCUCAUUUUUAUUUUUAAAGACUACUUCACAAGAUGCAGCUUCUGCAGAAACCUACAUGACAUGUCUUAGAAGUCUUAUGUUGGUAGGAAUCUGAAUCUGGUUCCUUUUUGGGAAUGAGUUUAGCAGCAUAUAGGCACAGAAAGACAGAUAUUUGAAAUAUUUGGUUCUGAGGUUUUUUAAUGAUCCCCAGUUCAUUGUUUACUGUCUUUUGUCCUGGGGACCUUAAAAUAAUUUCCCUCAGAAAUAGAAUUACUUCAUUACUGCUUCUGUGGCCAAUUCAUUGUUUUCAGUAAUUCAUUGAUCUUCAGGAAUUGAGAUUUUACAUUGUCUCAUUUUAAUUUUUUAAGCCGUUUUAUCAUCUCUGAAACCUUUCUGUUCUGCUUGGUUUUGGCUGUACUUGGAGUCAGACUGUUUAUUGUGAUCAUGCCCAACAACCUGGCCGAGGAAAGGUAGACCUUUUUUUUUUUUCAUCUGAACAGUGUCCCACGCACAUGCACAUGCUCUUUGGCACAUUUAAGUGUUUGAAGUUGAAUAAAUGAAGACGAUUAAGAAUGUU